UUGAACAUUUUUAAUGUGAUCACAUUUGAAAAGGAAUGUACGCUUGUAUGUGGUUUGCAUAUGAGAAAUUUCACUGAAUUAAACAAUAAAAGACUUUUGUUUCUUAGGUCAUCAAUGAGAGGAUGCAGCAGGCUGCAAGUUUCCCUUCAGAAGGUGGUAUCACCUUUCAAUUCCACUAUCCUAACGGUUCUCGAACACGCCAGGUUUUUCAGCUGCAAAGCAACAUACAAAAUCUUAUAUGCUAUGCGGGAGCUGUGGCGUCAGCGACUGAAUUCCUUUCACUAAGAUCACACAAUCCAGAUUUGACAUUAACAACUACGUCAACUGGUAUUGUUGCAGACUACAUCAGCCAAUCAACUACCUUUUUUGUGCAGUGGGUUGAAGCUGAAGAGGAGUCAUAUGUUGACAAUCUAACAAUGACUGAUGUCAUCCCAGCUGAAGCAGCAACUGAAGUCCCUUCCACCCCAACAGUUUCCUCUGUCUCGGUAACUGAUACCAGUAACAACUUGAGGGGGUUGUUGUUAAGCCUUCAGUCAGCUGCUGAUCUGGCUGAGCCUGGCCCCACAUCCAACUGUAUUAAUGUUGUAAGGUCCAAUGUUCUGGAGAGUGCUAUGAGGACAUUCAAGAGGCAGGCCUUUAACCCCACAAAACAGUUGGAUGUUGUCUUUGUAGAUGCGUGUGGAACUGGGGAGAGGUCAGUGGAUAGUGGGGGUCCCUCUCGAGAAUUUAUAAGGCUCCUCAUGAGGGCAAUCUUGGAGUCACGAUACUUUGUGGGGCCCAAAAACUGCAAGAGCCUUGCUCUUGAUUCCCUUGCAUUCCCUGACACUGCAUGUAAUUCCCACUUACUAUUAUAA